AUGACAACCGAGCAAGCGCGGCGCGGCGCGUUCAGCUCAAAGGCCGGAAUGCUGAUCGCCCUCUGUGCAUGUGUAGUUUUGGUGAUCUCGAGCUCAAGUGAUGCGGCGGAAUUGCUCCAGGAUGAGCUUCUCCCACGAAGCUUGAGUAGUAAUUCACAACAGCCUUCUGCAAAUGUUGUGUCGUGCACGAUACCCGAGGCUAGGGGAAGCUUGUCCCCGCCGAAUAGCAUCGUAUUGUCCGCGACAAAACUCUCCACGACCCUGCAGUGUGAGCAGGGUGCCACAGCUAUACCAGUGCAGCUUUCAGAGGUGUGUCAUCACCCGGAACAACCAUCUGUAGAGGAGUGCAAGAAAAAUGGGACGAAUUUGCGAGAGCUCCUUCAGACUUCCAACAAUCUCGAAUGGGUUCAAAGCCAGCCUCCGAUUGGUGGCAAAGGAGAUGAGAGGACACUGCAGCUUGCAGUGACUGACCUGCCUUAUAGAGAUACAACCUUCUUCGUCGGCUGCGAAAGUAACGUAAAACGUAGCCAAGCGUGCCAAGUCGACAUCACAGUGAAGGCGAGGUCUUCAUCCGUCGACGACAAAAACGUCGUCACAUGUGCUUACGGCGCGGAGAGCAACCCCAGGGCCCUGCCAGUGGAGAUGACUGAAGAGAACAACACACUCACCAUUGUGUGUGGAAAAGACGGGACCAUCAAGCCGCCGACUGACGAGCGUCACUACUGCGAGGACAAGAACCUGGAAAAGUGUGGGAAGAGCUACAAGGACAUUUUGCCCAGGUUCGACAGCUCGUGGUGGACGAAGGAGGGAGAGUCGCGUGCUAGCGUGAAGCUGACAAUCCCGAGGGGGGAUUUCCCAGCUGAGGAGCAGACGUUUUAUGUUGGCUGUGCCCCCAGUUCGAAGGAGCAGAGUCAGAAGGUCUCUAAUGCCUCUGAUGCCGAGGAAGGUGACGGUCAGACCUCUAUCGAGGGGCUGACCACUUGCGUAGUGCAGGUCACGGUGAACGCAGCGAGUUCUACAUCUUCGGCUAGUCCUGCUGUGCUCACGGGCAGUGCCUUUUUUGGAGUUGCGGGUGUGGCGGGUUUUGCGCCGCUCUUUUCUGAGUGA